UGGAAUUAACUCCAGUAUGUGACGAGACUGCAGAGAUGAACUUCACAGACCUCAUACACAGCCAAAACGAAAGCAAACACACGAGCUUCGCGUUUUCACGGACAUGGAUCUUUCUAAUGGACCUCUUUAAGCGAUGGAAAUCACAUGACUUUUAAAUAGAUGCUGCUUUUUUAUGAUGCAUCGGUCUAAUGGACAUAACUCAAAAAAAUGACUAUGACUUCACUGUCUGAAAGUUUGGUGGCUUCAGACCCCUCAAAAUCGGCUUUUCUGGAGUUCAGUCACGGUUACCAGUCUCAGCAGCAGCAUUCGCCCGGUGUGUCCCACGCGCACUAUCCGGUGCACGGUUUGCAUCAAGGCGCACAUUCGCAGUACGACGCGGCCUUCUCCUCGGGAGCUGCUUCGUACCACGGCCGUCCGCUCACUUACCACUAUCCCACAGCCCAUCACCACCCCGCGUACCUGCCCUAUCAACACAACAGCGCAGUCGGACAUUCAAGAGUAGAGGAUGCAGAUUCCGAGAAGCAAAGUUCCAUUGAAAGUGGAGAGAUCCGUCUGAACGGGAAGGGGAAGAAGAUCCGCAAGCCCCGCACGAUCUACUCGAGCCUGCAGCUUCAGGCGCUCAACCAGCGCUUCCAGCAGACCCAGUACCUCGCGCUGCCGGAGCGCGCUGACCUGGCGGCCAAACUGGGGCUGACGCAAACACAGGUGAAGAUAUGGUUCCAGAACAAACGUUCCAAGUACAAAAAGAUCAUGAAGCAUGGCUCAAGUGGACCAGAAGGAGAACACCUUCAAGCAGCUUCUGCAACACCAUGUUCACCAGGAAUGCCACCCCUGUGGGAUGUUUCCAUGUCAAGCAAAGGUGCCCCCAUCCACUCUGGAGGAUAUAUGAACUCUUUUGGACACUGGUACCCUGGUCAUCAUCAAGACCCAAUGGCCAGAACUCAGAUGAUGUGAUGGGAUGUUUAGGACACUCUGCAGUGUAUCGGCAUACCCUCUACUGAUCCAACCAUUUCGCUCUGUUUCAGAUCACACCAGCCCUUUUUAGCACGGUUUACUCACAGUCAAACGUUCUUCAAGUUCCUCCCCAGUAUUUUCUUCAUGAAGAUUUAAAAUGCUGACAUUUUUGCUGGGAGGUUUUUUUGUUUGUUUGUUUGUUUUUUUAAAAAAAGACUGAAUAAGCAACCUAACCUAAAUGUGGAUUUUGUAAACUCUUGUAAAUCUGAAUAAAAUGCCAUUGUCUGAUUGCCA